AUGACAAAGAAAAAGAAAAAAUUAAAAUCAACAGAUCGUAGCAAACAAAAUGAUAUAUCAAAUACUAAAAAACGAGAUCGAAAGAUUGAUAUGAAUAAAUCAAUGCGACAAAGUAUUCUGUUUCCUUCUCAGCUUGGCGAAAAACAACAACCAAUGUUAUCAUCAACAAUAAAAGUAUUAUCAAAAGAAUCACCAAAACUGAAAAUAUCCCAUAUAUUUGAACCAUGGAUUGUGCGUGAUGACCUUGAUAAUGAAUUAAUGAAUAAAUUGUUUGAGUUAUUUAACCUAGCUUCGGAACAAUUCGAACAUGGAUUAAUUAGGCAAAAUGUAUUUAUUCAAUGGCUUCGUGCAUCACAUGUCAUUUCAGAUACCUAUUCAGUAAAUAUAAUCGAAGGUGUACUACAUAGCAUUUUAGCUCGUAAUAUCAAUGCUCAUAAAUAUAAAUUAGGUACUGAUACUUUUGAAUGGAAUGGUUUUAUGGAUUGUAUUCGAAUAUUAGCAAGACAAGUUCAUCUAUCGUUAAAUGAAUUUGUAAAAAAAAUGCUUAUAGCUGAUGAAUUUUCAUUUCAAAGAUGGCGAGUUGAAACUGAACGUAUCCCAUUAGAAGUCGUAACAGGUAAACAAACAAGUCGUCCAUGGGAUUCGAAAAAGGUUCUAGUUGCUGUUAAUAUUAUGCGUGAUAUUGUUGAAGAAAGUCGUAAAUUACAUUUAACAGAUGAUGAACGUAAACGUUUACGUUCACUUUAUAAAGAAUUUGCUACAUUUGCAUAUCGUCGUCAAAGUGCACAUUUAGAAGCACGUUUAACAAAUUCCGUUUUAAGUAAUUGGAUGCGUGAAUGUCGAAUAUUCGAUGAUAAAUAUACAAUAAAUGAACUUGAUAAAGAUUUUAUUUCAAUAUUAGGAGAUUUUACAUUAAAUGGUGUUUAUCCACAAGGUACACGUGAUAUUGAUUUUGAUGGUUUUCUUAUAUUAAUUCAAACAAUUGCUGCACAUAAACAUAUUCGAGCUGAUGAUCUUGUUCAUAUGAUUUUUGCUGGACCACGUAGUCCAUUACAAAAAACAGCUGAAUUUAAUGAACACAUGGAUCGUACAAAAAUUCAGACAAGUCAAAUCAUUUAA